GUACUGACUCUGUUCUGGAACUUGGCUCAUUCUGAUGAUGUCCCAACGGAAAUAAUGGAUCAGGCUCUGACUGCCCAUGUUAAAAUUUUGGACUACAGUUGCUCUCAAGAGCGUGAUGCUCAAAAGACAGUGUGGUUGGACAAUUGUGUUGAAGAACUAAAGACUAGUGAUAAGUGGGUGUUGCCAGCUUUGAAGCAGAUUCGGGAGAUAUGCUGUUUGUAUGAACCUUCUCCAAACAUGAAUCAUAGUCAACGGAGUCAUCAUAUAUACUAUAGGCAAGAAGUUAUAGAAAGACUACAGAAUCAACAUAGCCUUGUAAUUUUGGUUACUAAUAGUUUAACAAUGUACAUGAGUAAAGUUAGAGAAUUAGCAAAGACUACACCAAAUAUGGACCCAAAUAAUUUUUACCCUGACCUUAGGUAUAACCAUUUACAACAAGUGCAGGAAAGAUUGAACUUUCUUCGUUUUCUAUUAAAAGAUGGGCAAUUAUGGCUGUGCGCUGACCAAGCAAAACAAAUAUGGCGUUGCUUAGCAGAAGAAGCUGUGUUCCCUUCAGAUAGGGAGGCGUGUUUUAAAUGGUUCUCUAAGCUGAUGGGAGAAGAACCUGACCUGGACCCAGCAAUUAAUAAAGAUUUUUUUGAAAAUAAUAUCUUGCAGUUGGAUCCAGUACUCUUGACCGAAAGUGGAAUGAAGUGUUUUGAAAGAUUUUUCAAGGCUGUUAAUUCCAAAGAAGGAAAGCUAAAAGCUAAAAGAAGAGCAUUUCUCAUGGAUGAUAUAGAUUUAAUCGGUACAGAAUAUUUGUGGAGGGUUGUGACUAACAGUGGAGAAGAAAUUGCUAAUAGGGCAAUUGAAUUGUUAAAGGAAGUUAACACAAAUUUAGGCCCUCGUUUUCAAUCAUCUUUAUUGGAAUUUCAUGAAACUUACAUCUCAGAGUGUUUGGAUCGUUUACGUGCUCAUUAUGACACCGUCAGCGUUUUAUCUCAGGAACACAAUUUGGACAAAGUGGGAGCUUCAAAUCCUAUCGUUUCCAUUUCUAAUUCUGAGAGCACUGAUCAUUUAAAAGACACUGGGGAAGAUGGGUUAAUGGUAAACAAGUUGCGUGCUGAAGCAGUAAAGAUGUGUCGUGUAAUGAAAGUGUUACAAGAGUAUAUUGGCGAGUGUGAUGGCGACUUUACAGUAGAAAGGAAAAUUUUACCACUGCACAGGCAAGAACUGGCGUGUCGCGGCAAACACAUGACUCUUUUAAUUAGAUUUCCAAAUCCUGGUCGAGCAGUUGAAGAUAUAGACAUAUUUACUCACACAAAUGACACCCUAGCAUCACUGCGUCGCAAUAUUCUCCGAAGAGUGAAGGCUACUGGAGCCAAUGUAAAACUCGAUUUGUUUCUUAAUGGAGAACACUUAGAAUCCUCAGAAGACAGAAAACUUUUGUCGCAGAUUCCUCUGAGAGAUAAAACUAUGUUGUCUGCAAAGCUGUCACAAGUCAACUCCAAUAUGCCAAGUUCUCCAGAUAGCAGCUCAGACAGUUCCACCAGUUCUCCUCAACAUCCCUAUGAUGGUCCUAAUGCUGAAGCUGAAAACAGUUUACCAGGAGUGCUAAUGUCUCAGCGGCCCCACUGUGCCCAAUUUUUCUUUCAACUUGCGGAUUUGGGCUGCUCUUUACAAUAUCCUCCUUUGCGAGAUGGUGCUCGGGUAUUAUUAAAACUCAUACCACCAGAUGCAUACACUGUGGAAUGCCUUCAAUCUCUCUUCCGGAACCAUACUCAAAGUACUGGCCCUGCACUUGAUGGAGAUUGUGAUCAGAGUACAGUAACAACAUCUACAAACAAUCCAAGCAAUAUGGAUCUUUCUUCUGUGACUGUAGACAACAUGUUCUUCGGUCCAUCACCAUCACGGGUGUUAUACAAUUUAAUGGUUAUGUAUGCAUUGUUGAUGCCAGCCUUGGAUCCUAUGUCUGACAAAGCUUUUGAAUUUCAAUAUAAUUUUAUUAAAAGUGGAGAAGCACCAGUAAUAUUGGACAUGCUCACAAAAAACAAUUUUUUACCCAAUGCUGAUGCAGCCACAAAGAGGUCUGCAUAUUUGUCUGUAUUAAAAAUGUGCAAGCUUUUACUGACUGUUGUUGGUCAGGUGAUGGCUCGUGUAGUGGACGAGCCAACACCUUUGAUGGUGCCACCAAUGCAUUCUUGUCCUGAAGGUGCUUCUGAUGGGAAUGGCAGUAUGACAUCAGGAGGUUCUCCUUUGGGUGGCCCACGGUCCUCAAUAUCCGUUUUGCGUCAGGCUUUUCAUAGCAUUCCCAACCAAAGCACAGAAUACAUGCUUAGAAACGUUGCUGCAAAACUUGCCCAGGCCCUAGCGGAGCAGAUGUUAAGAGCAGGAAGUGAUGGGGAACGUUCUCGACCAAUGUUUGUGCAAGCGUUGCAAUGGGAACUACCAGAUAUGUCAACAAUACGUGCAAUAAUUCGAUUGGCAUGGGCCUCAAGUUCAGGCAAUCUUCAAUUACUGAAUGCAUCUCCAGAAGAACUGCACCGAAUGCAUGACAAGAGUGCUACCAAGAUGCCUGAUGGUGAAGAUGUUUUAGUUUGCAAAGAAGCACUGGAAGUGUUGACUGUUGCCUUAGUACUCAACCCAAAAGCAUUGGAUGCUUUAACGAAAGAUAAAAUGUGGCAUACCUUCAUCAUUGAUCUUGUGUUAUUGUGUAAAAACAGAUCGGUGCGCCUGGCAGCAGCAGAACAGUUCCUGUUAAUUUCUACUUGGUGUUCAGCCAGUCAGCAGCCAUUGCAAUUUUGCAUCACUUUGCUGUUUACAGUACUAAACAGUACUGUUGUAGAUAAUGCUCAGAAUUCUCAUGAAUAUUUCCAGUUGCUUUGUCGCCUUCUGAACUUUGCUUUUAUGUCUAACUGCAACUUACCCACAGCUGAAAAUUUACUUAGCAAUGAAAUUGUUUGGCUGAAAAAAAUCAGGGAAAAUGUUAGGGAAAAUGGAGAUCCUUUGGUGGAUGAAGCAGUGCUUGAAGGUCAUUUGGGAAUUGCGAGAGAACUGCUAUCUUUUAUGACUGCUGAGAGGAAAUAUGAACUGGGAUCAGAUGAGAAAAAGGGAGUCAAUCUUGUAAAGGAAUUGGUGGAAGAUUUUAUUUUCCCUGCCUCUCGUUUAAUGUUACAUCUGCAGCGCACUGGAGAGCUUGCAAGUGAGCAAGCGCUUCCUGUCUGUUCUACUCCACUUACUGUCAAUGCUGCUUUUGAUUUGCUGGUUGGAUUGUGUGUUGGCUGUGUUCCAAACAUGAAACUGCUUGUACAUAUGCUUACUGAUAUGUUCUAUUCAGAGAGAGAUGAGCCUCUAGUCGAGUGGGACUAUCUGCCUCCUGUAGGCCCACGUCCCCUAAAAGGUUUUGUUGGAUUGAAAAAUGCAGGAGCAACUUGUUAUAUGAAUUCUGUGCUGCAACAACUGUAUAUGGUUGAAAGUAUCAGAGUUGGAUUAUUAGCAUCAGAAGGUGCAGCCGUGGACCUCAAUGAAGAUUUCAGUGGCGAAGAACGUUUAGAAGGCGAGGGUAACAUGGACUCCAAUGAAAAUGAUUGUGAAGAUAAAUGUGGUGUUGAAGAAUCAAGAAAAGAAUACAACAUAGGUAUUCUCAAGCAGGUUCAGGCAAUUUUUGGUCACCUGGCAUACAGUAAACUUCAGUACUAUGUACCGCGUGGACUUUGGAAGCAUUUCAAAUUACAGGGUGAACCUGUGAACCUACGGGAACAGCAAGAUGCAGUAGAGUUUUUCAUGAGCCUUGUGGAAAGCAUUGAUGAGGCACUAAAGGCCUUGAGUCAAGAGCAGAUAAUGAGCAAGAUUUUGGGUGGCUCCUAUUCAGACCAAAAAAUAUGUAAAGGCUGUCCACACAGGUAUUCCAAAGAGGAACCAUACAGCGUCAUCAGUGUGGAUAUUCGAAACCACAGUACUUUGCUGGAUUCCUUAGAGCAGUAUGUGAAAGGAGAAUUGCUGGAGGGAGCUGAUGCUUAUCACUGCGAAAAGUGCAACAAGAAGGUUGUCACUGUGAAGAGAUUGUGUGUUAAGAAACUACCUCCUAUCCUAGCAAUCCAGCUGAAAAGGUUCGAGUAUGAUUUUGAACGAGUGUGUGCCAUAAAAUUUAAUGAUUAUUUCGAAUUUCCACGGGAUCUAGACAUGGAGCCUUAUACAGUGUCUGGACUUGCAAAGUUAGAAGGAGAAAUGAUAGACUGUGAUUAUGAAGAACUUUCAAAGGAUAUAUGUACUAAGUACAGAUUGACUGGUAUUGUUGUACACAGUGGUCAAGCUAGUGGUGGCCACUAUUAUUCUUAUAUUCUUCAUAGGCAAGUUUUUCUUACCUAUGAUGUCACAUUCCAACAUGUUAUGUUCUCUUUUCAUUUUUAUUGCAGGCAUAAUGAUGGUACAUGCAAAUGGUACAAAUUUGAUGACGGUGAAGUGAGUGAAUGUAAAAUGGAUGAUGAAGAGGAGAUGAAAACCCAGUGUUUUGGAGGGGAUUAUAUGGGUGAAGUCUUUGACCAUAUGCUGAAACGAAUGAGUUACCGACGACAAAAGAGAUGGUGGAAUGCUUAUAUGCUAUUCUACACCCGAUUAGAUGUCGAAGAAAAUGCACUCAUGAAGAGCCUCAAUGAGUUGACUUUAUCUGAUACCAAAUUGGGAAUCAUGAAAAUGCCACCUGCUAUUGAACGGAGCGUUAGAAAACAGAAUAUUAAAUUUAUGCAUAAUAGAAAUCAAUUUUCGGCCGAAUAUUUUCAAUUUAUUCGCAAGUUGGUAUCUUGCAAUACUCCUCCAGUUAACCGACAACACAACCAAGAGAAACUGGGACCUGAAGGAGAAGAGCUUGCCAUGUUGAGUGUUCAGUUGGCAUCUAGAUUUCUCUUUCACACUGGAUUUCAUACCAAAAAGACAUUACGUGGAACUGCAACUGAGUGGUAUGAUGUUCUGUGUCAUCAUUUACGAUCAUCUAAAGCAGUUCGAUCAUGGUUUGCCCACAAUGUACUUUUCCGGCACCCACACAGGUUUUGUGAGUACCUGCUUAGCUGUCCGAGUACAGAGGUACGGUCAGCAUUCAUGAAGAUAAUUGUGUUCUUAGCUCACUUUUCUCUUCAAGAUGGACCUUGUUCUCCACCUAUGUUGGAUGCUCCAAGUAUCCUGUUGGAUCCACAUGCUACUUUAAGUGACCAUUUGCUACAUGCAGUACUUUUGUUGCUACAUAAAGAGGUGUCAGAUCAUGGGCGGCACUUACCCCAUUACUUCAACUUGUUUCAUAUGUAUGCCUCGUUAGGAUUGCCAGAGCGAACACAACUUCUGAAGUUAAAUGUUCCUGCGACAUUUAUGCUAGUUGCAAUGGAUGAAGGACCUGGACCUCCAAUAAAGUAUCAAUAUCCUGAACUUACUAAACUUCAUCAGGUGGUGUCACAACUUAUUCGUUGUUGUGAUGUGAGCUCCAAAAUGCAGUCAUUCCAGUCUCAGCAGGGUGUUCCUCCAUUACCUAAUCCAUAUGGAGAUCCAGCAUGUCCUGAGUACCUUAUGCCCAUCCAGCCUCAAGCUGCAGAAAUUCUUUUUGGGCGUACAAGUUACAUAAAAAAAAUGAUUGAAGAUGCAACAUUAUCAGAGGAAACAGUAAAGCUACUUCAAUUCUGCUCUUGGGAGAAUCCUCACUUUUCGCGCACAGUUCUUAGUGAGCUCUUGUGGCAGAUUGCAUAUGCAUAUUGCCAUGAACUGCGUCACCAUAUGGAUCUGUUGUUUGCCAUGCUGCUAAUGGAAGAUUCUUGGCAAACUCAUCGUAUCCACAAUGCUCUAAAUGGUGUGCAUGAAGAGCGAGAAGGUUUACUUGACACCAUUCAACGUAGCAAAAAUCAUUACCAAAAGAGGGCCUACCAGUGCAUAAAGUGCAUGGUUAGUUUGUUCUCAAAAUGCCAUGCUGCUCAUCAAAUGCUAUAUACCAACAGUGAACUAAAGCACAAAUGGACUCUUGCUGUAGAAUGGCUUCAAGAUGAAUUAGAGAGGCGGCCUUAUGCUUCCAAUACUCAGUAUAGUUACAACAACUGGUCACCUCCAGCUCAGUCUAAUGAAUCAACUAGUGGGUACUACCUGGAACGAACUAAUAGUGCCCGCAAAACUUUAGAAAGGGCUUGUGAGCUGUGCCCUGAAGAGGUAUGUGAGAACAAAUAUUCACAGAAUGCAACAGAGCACCUGCAGAAAGCUUUGCGCAAACUAAAUCAAAUACCAGGUGAACCAGAAGUUGAGGAAAUGUCGGAAGAAGGAGAAAGCCCUCAGCCAGAGGAACAGACUCAACAGGUGGCACCUCCUUCCAUGCAGCAGAAGUCCCAUACCUACUCAGCUGCUUAUCCAGGAACAGGAUGUAUGGCAUCGCCUCGUAUUCUCAACAAAAGACCCAUUAGCACAAGAGUAACAAUGAGCAGUCCAAAUGGUCAGCAGACACAGACAAGUGCCAAUGAAGAGCCGGAUAUUUUACCUCUGGAUAAUUGUGAAAGUUCUCAGUCUUUUCUGCUGAGUGAACAGCAAAUGCUGCAUCAACAACCUCAGCCACAAUUGCAACAGUCUCCAAUGCAGCAGCCUUCACCACAACAACAAUCACCUUUGUUGUCGCAAUCUCCACAGCUGUCACCAUCACAGUUGUUGUCACAGAAGCAGCAGCAACAACAACAGCAGUAUCUGUUGCUUCUGCAAUUGCAGCAGCAACAGCAGCAACAAAUACAACAGCAACAACAGAAACAAUUACAACAGCAACAACCAUCACAAUCUCAACUGCAACAACAAUUGCAACAGCAACAGUUGCACCAGCAACAACAAUUGCACCAGCAACAACAAUUGCACCAGCAACAGCAAUUGCACCAGCAACAACAGUUGCACCAGCAACAGCUGCAACAACAACAGUUGCACCAGCAACAACAGCUGCAGCAACAACAACAACAGAUGCAACAGCCGCAGCAACAGCAGCAACAACAACAACAACAACAACAACAACAACAACAAUCACCUCCAUUGUCAGAAACAUCUGUUCAGCUUACCCCUCAACAGUCUCCUGCAACACCACCAUCACCCCAGGAACAACAACAACAACAACAACAACAACAACAACAACAACAACAACAACCUGUGGAUAACCAAUCAUCAUCAUUAUUUGCGUAAUCCAAAGUCUUUUUUUCUUGAAUGGUGAACAUACAUUCAAGAGCUGAGAUAAUAUAACUCAGUAAAAUAAUUGGAACAUCAAUUCAAUAACCUGUAAAAAUAAGUCCUGCAUAGCUUCUAUGAUAAAAAAGUAAUUAUAAAAGUAUUGAACUUUAUAAAAAAAUCACUGUCAGCCAUUAUAUAAAUGCUGUUCUAAAAGAUUUAAUCUUGUUAGAAUGUCAAUUUUGUUUUCAUCUAGAACAUUGAUUUCCAAAAUUGCUUGUUAUUGUGGUUAAAGCCAAGUAUAUGGGUGCUAGUAUUUUUCUUUUAAAAAGGAAAGCAAUCAUUCCAUACAGUUAUAAUCAAGAAUCAAUGUUUCAUUAUAUUUAUUUAUAUUGGGCAUUCAUGUUCAAGCAUAAUUGGCUGGCUUAGAUUUAUCAUGUUGAGAAGCAGAGCAAUUCCACUCUAAUUGCCAAAAAUCACAUUCUAUGCAUUUGUGUUGCAUUGAAAUGUUGCAGUUCAUGAAGGUAUCAGAACAUGUAAUGAUGGAAAGAUUUGCAUUGUAUAGGCUGCUCAUAUAGUUCUCAAGGACAGUUAUGAUCAGGCUGUGAUUAGUGUUAAUUGUUAACAAGAACAUGUGUUGCCUAUGCUGAAAGAAGUAUUGAUUACUAUUAUUAUCUUUAAAUAUUUAUAUGUACCAUAUUUAUGUGAACAGAGAUUUUUCUCUUUGAUGAUACUUUCUACAGACUGAUCAUGCAGAAGAUUACCUACACAGCAAGAAUGAGAGCUUGAGAGAACUAGCAAGAAGCCCAGGGUAUGUACAGCAGCUCAAGAGUGAAGAAAAUACGUUUCUUUGUACUGGGCAUUUUGUAAGUGUAUGUGGAUCACAGCUUUUAUGAAACAUGAUAGCUACUAAAAAAUCAUGUAAUUUUGCUGAGCAGAAAUUUUACAAGAUUCUCUAGUUAGAAUAAAUGAACAUGUAAAAGCCUAAAAGUGAGAAGUUCGAUUUUUUUAACAAUUAGUUCUGAUAUUCCUUUUCAUUAGUGCAAAAUUUUGUUACUUUGUGUUUAAUUGUUGUUGACUGUGCUGGCAGUGUUUCUUCUAUGACAAGUGAUUUGUUGCAAGAAAGUAAAGCAAGUUGGUUGCAUUUGUAUAGAACAGAAAAUCUUUACAGUAUUCAUCCUGCCCUUUUUGCGUUACUUAUGUGGGAACAAAUUGUCAGUUUAGCGAUGACAGGUGAUGAUAUGGAAUACCACUGUGACAUUUGCAGAGUCAGCAGAAUAUCUGAUAGGUAUAAAAGUUCAUCUUUCAUGCUUCCUUUGACGUAACAGCCUCAUGUGAGAUAGGUGUGUACGCAUGGUAAGUGUUGAAUGCAGUUGACAAAGUGAUACAGAGUUAUCUGCACAAGCAAAUUUUACAGUAAUUCCAGAUUGAGGUGAACCCUUUUCUUUCGUAAAGAAGUGGAACAACUAAAGCAUUAAACAAUUUGUGCCUGUUCAGGAUUUAUACUCACAUAUGUAUAUAAUAGUGAUUUUAUCUCUUCAAUGUUUUUCCUUGCUACUGAACAUUUAUAUGCCUUUUUAAAGAGAAAGUAAUUAUUAUAUUGUAUAGUUCACCUUCCCAUUAAAUGAUGUGGGAAGUUCUAGUUACCUUGCAUUUUGUUGGAAAUUUUGCUUGUGUCUGAAAGUAUGUUUCAGUAACAAAUGCAAUUUCCAAUGAUGAUUGUUUCUGAGUCUGAAAAUGGAAGCGAAUGUAUGCAAGGUGAGUAUGCAACUUACAGACAGCAGUAAAGCUUUCUUAAUUUCUUUUAUCAGAAAGUAAAGUGUUGUGAAAUACAUGUUCAGCUGGCUCUGAGGAAUUAAGUUAUUAAUUGGCUAUAUUGCUUUUGUUUCCUUCUAUUUGAGACAUGAAUUAAUUUUCUAUAUAUGAUUAAGUCUUCAGUAAAACUGUCCCACAUUUACACAUCCUGUUGUAUAUUGUCUGCUACCUUACCUCAUUGUGGAAUGAACAAACAAUUGUGAAUACCAAGAAUUCAUUCAGGAUGUUAAUUACAAUAUGGGGCCUUAUUUUUCAUCUGAGUGAGAUACAGAGCAUUUUAACAUUAUAUUGAUAACUUAUCCUUAUGAAAUAAAAUCUGUGUUAUUUGAUAUAACUGCUUAAUUUGUAACAUAAUUCAUUUUUAUUUAUUCAUAACGGCCCUCAUUUUACAGUUAGGAAAUUAUGACUCCAGUGAUGUCUUCAGAAUCUGGAAGAGUCAUUGUACGAUAUACGCCAUACCAGUUCUGUAUAGAAUUUUUUUAUAUAAUUAUUAUUAUUAUUAUUACUAUUAUUAGGUACUGCAGAACAAUGGUGUUAACAUUUUCAUUAAUUAUUGAAGUAGCAAAGGACCAGCCUUGAAAUUUUGCUCUUGUAUCACUUUGAGUUGAAAGUUGGACACAAGUAAUGUUUGUAAGCAACACACAAUGGUUGGUUAUAUUUCAAGGCAAAUUUUAGGCAUUCAUCGCAUCUUGUAUUGACAUGAGUUUUUGAGAAUUUGGACAAUACCAGACAGAUUUUUAACAAGAUGUAUUUAUAUUUCUAUA